GUGGGCGUGGCAAGGCGCCAACUGAUAAUGCUGAUGCUGAAUUCAUUGGCAGCGGUACUGCAAGUAUGCGCCAGAAUCAGCAGCGUAGCUCGAAAAGCAACAACAACACAAAAAAGGGCAGCCGCUCUGCAUUCGUUAAGGUGAGAAAAAGUGGUAAAGGUGAGCGUGCCAAGAGUGAUAAACAGCAGCAACGGUGUAAGAAACCUAUCACACUCGAUCCGCAAUAUGCGCUCUCGCAGGCUGAAUUCACGGACUUGGUGAAGUGCAACUUCAACUUGCCGCGCAUAAGUGCCGCUCUGGAGCGUUUGAUUGGUACAAAUGUAGUGCGUCUGACGGAUCACAAAUUCAUGAGCGAAUUGCGCAAACGGCUGGAGGAGGAGCAUCGUAAUCAAUUGGAGCGACGCAUAACAGCAAGAGCGCUCCGAGAAGUCGAACGUGAACGUCUCCUAAUAAUCGAAGGCAAAACGGAUGAGAUACCCGAAGAACUGGCAGAUGAUCCAAUAUUUGUUGUUAACAAAAUUGCGAAUAAAGAAAUACAAAAAGAGCGCGCUAAGCUAAAAACGAAUCGUGAACGCAAUGCGGAACGCUUAAAAGCACAAGGCUCCAAAUGGGAACGUGAACGUCAGAAAUAUGUGGAAGAAGAACAACAACGUGUAGAGAAUAUUAAAGAGCGCAAUAAGGCGCAAAAUGAACUUGAAGACCGCUACAAAACCGAAGAUGCCGAACGAGGCAUGGACUUAUUGCGCAUCGACAACGAAGAAUGGCGCGAAUGUGAGCAGGAGCUAAAGCGAUUCCUUGAAGAAGAACGAGCUAAAAUGAAGGAACGCUCACUGCGUGUACCAACGCCAUUUACAUCGGACAAACUGGAUAUAAUUAAUAUAGUGAGGGCUAGGAAAAAAUUCCGUGAAGCCGAGCAACGCAUUGUGAAACAAUUAGAAGAGGGUGCAAAACAAACUCCCAAAGCUACAGAUACCAAACUUGGCAAAGAAUUGGCUGAGAAGACGGCUGUUAUACAAAAGCAUGUACAAGACAUCAUACAAGCCGAAGCCGAAGGCGCAGUUGAAUCCGAAGGCAAGGAGGUAAUCAGAGAACUAUCCGACCGGGAAAAAGAGGAACAACAAAGCAGAAAAUAUUUGGACGAUGCUUCAGAUAUUUCCACCGAAUCCGAGGUGCACGAACGCGGCAGCACCAUAAGCGAAUCGAAGCGACGGCAUGCAGCCGAGUUGGAAGAUGAAAUGGAAUUCGAUGUAGAGCGUGGCUAUCUAAUCUCAAAAACACAAUUUGAGCAGUUACGUUAUCAAGAUAAUAAAAUACUGCAGCUGCAGCAAGCAUCGGAUAUGCGCGAACUAUAUCAACUUGCUGAGGAGAUUAUAAUUGGCGAACGCCUCCAAGAGGAGGAGGUGGAGGAGGAAAUGGUUGAAGAAGAAGAGCAGCCAAUUGGGGAGGAAGAAGAAGGAGAAGAGGAAGCAGAGCCCGCAGAUAAUAAUUUCUAAAGCACAAACACACACGCAUACACACCUGAAAGCAAGCAAAUAUAUUGCUGUUGUAAAAUUUUACUCGCUCACAGUAAAAAGGGGCGCUUAUUAGCUGGUAGCUAAAAGAGUAACAGCUUUUAUAAUGUCAGACUUAAUUAAAUGCAUACUUUUUUAGCGCUGGCUUAGUGGUGAAAUGUGCUUAGUCCACUUUUUAAUGAAAUUAUGACUUUUAAAGAAAUUUACGUGAAGGCACAACAUUUCUAGGCGUAUUUUAAAGCUCCUUCUAACCAAGCAAGCACAUUGACUUAGCACUUUUAUAUUUUCACCUAGCGGUAUUAUAGAAUAAUGUACCUCAAUACUUGUACACCAAUUUACAUCAUGCUUGUAUUAGUAUGUGUGACACAAAUAAAUCAAAAAUAAACUUUAACUCUGCAAAAUUUAUGAAGCGUCAACAAGUGCCUUGUUAUUUUAUUCGCCGCUUAACGCUACAAAUUAGAAUAAUAAACGGCGAAAUGAUAAGCAUUGUCAGGGGUGCACUUAAUU